GCCAUCACGCAGCGUAGAGCGUGCGCGAGCAGGAAGCGAUGGCGGAGUGCGAGCGGCUUCAGCACCGAAUAAACACUCCCGCAUAAAGAGAGAGAUAGAGAGAGUGCUAGUGUGCGGGAGAGAGUGGUAAUGGAGAGUGUAUAACUGUGUGUAGGAGUGUGUGCGCGUGUAGCGGAGCUGCGUGAGUGUGUGUGUACGUUAGCGUGUUGUAUAGUACAGUGGGACUGCACUGUAUAUAAGUGUGUGUGUACGCACCCAGUUCAGUGUGUGUGUAGAAAAACUGCGUGUGCUAGUGAAAGUGCGUAACAGUAUGCGUACAUGUGCAACAGUGUGUGUAUGUGUGUAACAGUAUGUGUAAGUGUGUAACAGUGUUUGUAUGUGUGUAAGUGUGUAACAGUGUGUGGAUGUGUGUAAGUGUGUAACAGUGUGUGUGUGCGUUUAAGUGUGUAACAGUGUGUGUAUAUGUGUAAAACAGUAUAAGUGUGCAACACUGUGUAUGAGAUGUGCAGUGCAUGUCUGUAAGAUGAUAUGAGUCUAUGUAUGUAUGUGUAUAUGUAUGUGAUGUGUGUGUGCUUGAAUAAGUGUGUAUGAUGUGUGUUCUGUAUGGCUGUGGUAUGAUUUGAGUGUGUGUGUGUCGUCAUUAGUGUGUGUAUGAUGCGUGCUGUGCGUGGCAGUGGAAUGCGGUGCUCCGUGGGCUUCCUGCAGCGGCGCAGUCUGAUUGGCUGCGAGCUGCUGAAGGCGGAGUUUCAGCGCCGCAGACUAGACGGAUGCUGCAGCCUCUACAGGACGGACAUUCUGGGUCACUACGGCUGUGUAAACGCCAUCGAGUUCUCCAACAACGGCGGGCAGUGGCUGGUGUCUGGGGGAGAUGACCGGCGGGUGCUGCUGUGGCACAUGGAAAAGGCCAUCCGCUCCCGGGCCAAACCGGUCAAACUGAAAGGGGAGCACCUAUCCAACAUCUUCUGCUUGGCGUUUGACAGCACCAACACGCGUGUCUUCUCUGGAGGUAAUGAUGAACAGGUGAUCCUGCAUGAUGUGGAGCGUGGUGAGACACUGAACGUGUUUCUUCAUGAUGACGCUGUUUAUGGUCUGUCCGUCAGUCCGGUUAAUGAUAACGUGUUUGCCAGCUCCUCUGAUGACGGACGGGUUCUGAUCUGGGACACACGUGAACCACCACAUGGAGAGCCGUUCUGCCUGGCGAAUUAUCCGUCUGCAUUCCACAGUGUCAUGUUUAACCCUGUAGAGCCUCGCCUGCUGGCCACUGCCAACUCCAAGGAGGGGGUCGGUCUGUGGGACAUCCGAAAACCACGCAGUUCUCUUCUGCGGUACGGAGGCAGUUUGUCGCUGCAGAGUGCGAUGAGUGUGAGGUUUAACAGCGCGGGGACUCAGCUGCUCGCUCUGCGCCGCCGCCUCCCACCUGUCCUGUACGAGCUGCACUCGCGCCUGCCCAGCUUUCAGUUCGACAACCAGGGAUACUUCAACUCCUGCACUAUGAAGAGCUGCUGCUUUGCUGGGGACAGAGACCAGUAUAUCCUGUCUGGAUCGGAUGAUUUUAAUCUCUACAUGUGGAAAAUCCCCAAAGACCCAGAAGCAGGUGGUCCAGGUCGUGUGGUGAACGGAGCCUUCAUGGUCCUAAAGGGUCAUCGCUCUAUUGUAAAUCAGGUCCGCUUUAAUCCACACACCUACAUGAUCUGCUCCUCUGGGGUCGAGAAGGUCAUCAAGGUGUGGAGUCCGUACCAGCAGCCUGACAGUGUUGGUGAUCUGGAGGGCCGUGUUGAGGAUAAAUCCCGUUCCCUCUACACACACGAGGAAUAUAUCAGCCUGGUCCUGAACAGUGGCAGUGGCCUCUCGCACGACUACGUUAGCCAGUCCAUGCAGGAGGACCCCCGGAUGAUGGCCUUUUUCGACUCGCUCGUCCGCCGGGAGAUUGAGGGUUGGAGCUCCGACUCUGACAGUGACCUGAGCGAGGGCGCAAUACUGCAGCUGCAUGCUAGAGGGCGUCGUACUACUCGCACCAGCCGGGAUGGGGGAGACGCCACUCCCGGACCGCAGGUUAAUGCAGCUAGUGGUCGCCAUAGCGACUCUGACCACUCCUCCACAUCCUCAUCUUCUCUGGCUGGGCCUGACGUGUCUGGUAGCGAACAGCUGGACCCGGAUGGGCGGAGCUCACAGAGAAGGAGGGCCGCAGGGCCACGUGCCUCUGCAUUCCUAUUGGACCUAGUUAAUGAGGACUCAGACUCUAGCGGAUUUUGGCUUGACCCUAUGCCCCGCCCACGUUCACCCAGCCCACGUGAGCAAGUCUCAAGCUUGUCCAGCCACACCUCCUCUGUGGGUCAUGCUUCAACUUCAAGCUCUUCCCCCAGCUCCUCCUCCUCCAGCUCCUCCUCCAGCAGUGAGGGAGAGGAAGCGGAGCUGCGCCGAAGCAGCAUGCGCCAGCGCAACGCGGCCAGGCGGAGGCACCACUCGCAUUUAUCUGACAGAGACUCCUCACAAUCCUUGCAGGGUGCCACGGAUUACAGCAGCUACCCUAAGAUCUCCAUCCAUGACCCUUCGUCAUCAUCCUCUUCCUCAGGAGAAGAGGGACGGCCAGUCAGGAGCAGAGGCAAAGGUAAAGGGCAUGGUCUGAUUUCCAGCCCCACACCUUCUCCAGAGCAGUCAGGAAUCCAAGGCCGGUCAUCAUCUCCUGGUCACAUGGAGAGGGCAGAGUCAAGGAUGUGUUGGAGGGCGGAGCCAGGGGAGGAGCUAGAGGCAACAAAAAGCAGCGAAGAUGAUGCUAAUGAGGCUGGCAGCGAUAAAGAGAAAUUAGACUUAAUGCAAAGGGCUUCAGGCACUAAUGGCAGCACCUUUGCUUACAAUGAGAACCCUACAGACUCAACGCUCCCUGGAUGUUCUGGAGCGGGCACAGAGCCAGCAGGAACCAAGAGCCAGAAACGGACACGUUUGGGGCCCAGUAAGGAGGAGGACGAGGAGGAGAAUCCUCCUUCAGAGAAGAAGCUAAAGACAUGAUGAUUAUGAUGAUGUCAGCGGAAGCAGACCCUCUGAUUGGCUGAUGGAACUUUUGAGUGGUUUAUUGUUUGAUUUUCAGGCUUUUUGUUGCUGUGUUUUCCAGUGUUGGUUAUUAAGCUUAGUGAAGCUGGCAAGCUUACAAACUUUGUUGAAACUUGAGGGAGGUAGUGCUGAGCGGUCCUAUUGUUUUUCUCUGUUCCCUUUAAAAAGCACUCAGUUAGAAAAAUUAACAGGUGAAAUACCUUUAAGGGUAAACUGUGUGCAUAAAUCAGUGUUUAGGACGAACAUAUUCAGAGUGGUGUUUGAUGUGAAAAUGUUCUUAACCUUAGAAACUUUGGAGUUAUUUUUUCUUUAAAAUAUGGUAUUACAGUAUAUCAGGCUGACUUUCUGAGCUUUUUUUUAUUCAUUACCACUGUGAACAGUUCUGACUGGUUAAUCUUCUCUAGAAAGAGCAUUUCACACCAAAAUCACUCUGAAUGAGUUUGUUCACAUCUUUACUAUUUGAUCACAAGUUUAGUCACAAUUACUACACAAGUUUAAAUACCUUUCUUUUUAUCUAUUCGAUAGAACAAGACAUUAUCUGUUAAGGAAUAAGACUUUUUUUUGUUUUCUUCUUACACCAAUAAAAGUCUUUUCUAGUAAGAUUGUAAUCCACAUUUGAUUUGUUCAUAUCUUUGAAGACAUUUUAGCUUGAAUACAGUGGGGAAAAAUGCUGAACUGAAUGUAUGUGUAUCAUAAUUGUGCAUUAUUUCCUAAUGGAAUAAAAAUGAACACAAUUAUUGUCAAUUACAAUAAGAUGUUUAAUUCAUGUCGAAAUUAUGUACAUCUCUGAUGUGACUCAAUUCAGUGCAUUUUUUCCCUGUAUAAACACUAAAUCGAUGCAGCAGAAUCAGUUUUUUUUUUCAGACUAAUAUAAUAUUUUCGGUAAUAUUGUUAGCAACCCUUUUUCUCUUACUUUGUCUUUUUUUUCAUCCCCUCUGUCUCUCAGCUGCACACACUGGGUAGGGUUUUGUUGUGUUUGAGGGCUUUGACCAUGUUGGAACCCCAGCGAUGACACUAAAGAAAAAGUAGUAGUGAUAUUAAAACAUAAAAAUAUGAAAAGUCAUACAGUUAAUUUCUUUUCUUUUUUUUAACCUUUUAGUCAGUAAGUUGAAGUUGAGAGUUGGAGUGUAUAUUUGAUUAGUUCUGCAGUUCCUGUACGCGUGUUUUUGCAGGAUGUGAAAGUUUCUGUUUUUUGGGUAGAACUGUUUGGAACAGUGUGAUGAUGAUGAUGAUUUUUCAAUGGAAACUGCAUCCAGCUGCAGCAUCAACAUCAUUAAACUUUGAGUUUCAGUGUUCCUACA